AUGGCCGGCUCGGAGCAGCCGCCGCCGCGCCGGGAGGAUGGGGAAGCGCCGCUGCCCAUCGAGGACGCGGAGCUGGCGCUGGCCGGCAUCAACAUGCUGCUGAACAACGGCUUCCGCGAGUCCGACCAGCUCUUCAAGAAAUACAGAAACCAUAGCCCAUUAAUGAGUUUUGGAGCCAGUUUUGUCAGUUUUUUGAAUGCCAUGAUGACAUUUGAAGAAGAGAAAAUGCAACUGGCGUGUGAUGACUUAAAGGCUACAGAGAAGCUUUGUGAAAGUGAAGAAGCUGGAGUUAUAGAAACAAUCAAGAAUAAAAUUAAAAAGAAUGUUGAUGGACGAAAAUCCACUCUAUCCAUGAUAGAUCGUCUACAAAGACAAAUAAUUGUAGCAGACUGCCAAGUCUACUUGGCUGUGCUCUCAUUUGUAAAACAAGAGUUAUCAGCAUACAUAAAAGGUGGAUGGAUACUCCGAAAAGCCUGGAAAAUUUACAAUAAGUGCUAUACAGACAUUAAUACACUUCAGGAAAUAUAUCAGAAGAAAACAACUCAGGAAUCCUUGACUUCUGAUGCUGCAAAUGAUAAUCAUAUUGCUGCAGAAGGUGUAACGGAGGAUUCGCUAAACAGACUGAAAGGUGCUGUUAGCUUUGGAUAUGGACUUUUUCAUCUUUGCAUAUCCAUGGUGCCCCCAAACCUGCUCAAAAUCAUCAACCUGCUGGGUUUUCCUGGAGACCGCCUACAGGGGCUUUCUUCACUGAUGUAUGCAAGUGAAAGUAAGGACAUGAAGGCCCCUUUAGCUACAUUAGCUUUGUUGUGGUACCACACAGUUGUUCGUCCCUUUUUUGCCCUUGAUGGCAGUGAUAACAAGGCAGGAUUGAAAGAGGCAAAAGAAAUUCUUGCAAAAAAAGAAUCUGCAUAUCCAAAUUCUUCUCUGUUCAUGUUCUUCAAGGGAAGGAUACAGCGAUUAGAGUGUCAAAUCAAUAGUGCCUUGACCUCCUUUCAUACGGCUUUGGAACUUGCAACAGACCAAAGGGAGAUUCAACAUGUCUGCUUAUAUGAAAUAGGUUGGUGCAGCAUGAUAGAGAUGAAUUUUAAAGACGCGUUUGAAUCCUUUGAGAGGCUUAAAAAUGAAUCCAGGUGGUCCCAGUGCUACUAUGCUUAUUUAACAGCAGUGUGUCAAGGAGCCACUGGUGAUGUCAAUGGUGCUCAGAAUGUGUUCAAAGAAGUUCAGAAGCUUUUCAAAAGAAAAAACAAUCAGAUUGAACAAUUUUCAGUGAAAAAGGCAGAUAGAUUUAGAAAACAAACGCCGACCAAAGAGCUCUGUGUCCUGGCAUCCAUUGAAGUAUUGUACUUAUGGAAAGCCCUUCCAAACUGUUCCCUUUCGAACUUACAGCACAUGAGCCAAGCUUGUCAGGAUGUUGAUGAUUCAUCGGCUGUCGGUUUGAGGAAUUUGCUUCUUGGUGCCAUACACAAAUGCUUAGGAAAUUCUGAAGAUGCUGUUCAGUUCUUUCAGCGAGCUGCUAAAGAUGAACUGUGCCGUCAAAACAACUUAUACGUCCAGCCAUAUGCGUGCUAUGAACUUGGCUGUCUUCUGUUAGACAAUCCAGAGACUGUGCCAAGAGGCAAAACCUUACUUCUCCAAGCCAAGGAGGAAUUUACUGGCUAUGACUUUGAGAACAGAUUGCACGUCCGCAUACACGCAGCCUUAGCCUCUCUAAGGGAAGUAGUUCCACAGUGAUGGACAGGAAGUCUUGCUAUCCUUUCCCACAGUUUCUGCACUUUAAGAUGAAGCAGAAGAAAAAGCUGCUGGGAAGACCAGCUUUUCUUCUGAAAACCACUUGUGCCAGAGACACUUUCCUAGUAUGGUCAGAGUUGGUAUGGCUUAGUAAAACAUGACAAUUUUAACUAAAAGUAAAUC